CUUUUUAAGUCUUCAUUGACUGACUUGGUCGAACAACUAAAUAAUAAAUAUUGCAACAUUGACUAGCUCCUCUCCUUUUCCUGCUCCAUGCCUGCUACCUUCCUCUCUUUUUCUCCUUCGGAAAAAAAACGGAGGAAAGACAAUAGAAGAACACGAGGCAAAAAAACAAGGAGAUAUAGCGAGGUAAGGUAGAGAUUUGGAGCAAAUAUGGCAGAUGGUGCUGUAAACUUCCUACUUGAUAAACUAACUACUAUCCUACAGCAAAAGGUAUCACUGCUAGGAGAUGCUCAUGAUGAAAUUGAAGAGAUCAAGCUUGAAUUAGAGAGCAUGAGAUCAUUCUUAAGAGAUGCAGAAAGAAGAAUGGAGAGAAGUGAAUCAGUAGGAGCUUGGGUGAAGCAAGUAAGAGAAGUUGCGUAUGAAGUUGAGGAUAUUUUAGAUGAGUUCAUACAUCUCAAAGAGAGGGACAAGCAUAAAAGUGGUUUCAAGGGUAUUGCGGAAGACAUUGUCAAUUUCCACAAGAACAUCACUUCAAGAUAUCAGAUUUCUUCAAAGCUUCCAAAGAUCAAAGCUAAGGUGCAGGAGAUCUCGGAGAGAAGCAAGAGGUAUGAUUUUGAUAAGCUUGAUGAAUUAACGAGUAAUAAUAUGGCCUGCGAAAACUGGCAGCACUAUGGAGAAUCCUCACUCUUUAUUGAUGAAGAUGAGAUAGUAGGAAUGGAAGAAAACACAGAACAAAUGCUAGGAUGGUUACUGGAGGAUGAAGAGCGCCGGGCAAUUAUUUCAGUUGUGGGAAUGGGAGGUCUAGGCAAGACCACUCUAGUUACAAGAAUGUACAAUGACCAAAGAAUAAAGGGACACUUUGAUUGCUGUGCAUGGAUAUCUGUGUCCCAAACAUAUGGCAUCAACGAGCUACUAAGAAGCAUGGUCAGAGAAUUUUUUGAGGCAAAGCAAGUACAGCUACCAAGUAACUUCGGAUCGAUGAACACAAUGAAUCUCAUGGCAGUGCUCAUUGACUACUUGCAUCAGAAGAGAUAUGUUGUUGUUUUGGAUGAUGUAUGGACCAUAGAUCUCUGGAGUAUCAUAAGAGGUGCUUUUCCAAACAAUAAACUUGGUAGCAGAAUUAUCCUCACAACGAGAGAUGAGAAUGUAGCUACAUCUGUAGGAGUAGGUUUCCGGGUUCAUCGUCUUAAGCCCCUUGGAGAGAAUGAUGCUUGGACCCUCUUCUGUAAGAAGGCAUUUUGGAAUGAACCAGGUUGCUGCUGUCCCGCAGAACUGCAACCAAUGGCUCAAGACAUUAUGAAGAAAUGUGAAGGCUUGCCACUAGCUAUAGUGGCGAUUGGAGGUCUCAUGUGUUCAAGAAGCAAGACGGUUGGGGAAUGGAAGAAAGUUAAAGAAAGUCUCAAUUGGCAACUUAGCAACAAUCCAGUGCUAGAAAAAGUGAAGCGAAUCUUGUUAUUGAGUUUCAAAGAUUUACCCUUCUAUCUAAAGCACUGUUUCUUGUAUUGCUGCGUAUUUCAUUAUGGUUACCAGAUCAAGAGGAAGAAGCUGAUUCGGCUCUGGGUAGCCGAAGGGUUCAUCAAAGAAAGAAAAGGGAUGACUAUGGAGGAGGUAGCAGAGGAGUACCUAACUGAUCUAAUUUUUCGAAGCAUGAUUCAGGUCAUAGAGACAAACGCUGCUGGGAGGGUGAAGACAUGUCGAGUGCAUGAUGUUAUGCGCGAACUGGCUACGGCGACAUCGGAGAAACAGAAUUUCUGUAUAGCAUAUGAUGGGCGUGAAUCAAGACUAGAAGGAAAAUUCCAUCACUUAUCAGUAUAUGAUAGAGGUGAAAGCAUCCGACUGAGCAGUAACAUGUCACACCAUCUUCGUUCUUUCUUUGUCUUUAAGACAGAUAUGUGCACCUCAUUCUCUUUGGAUGCAGUAUCAUCCAAAUUCAAAUUGUUAAGGGUCCUUGAACUGCAAGGAGUUCCGAUUGAAACAAUACCAGGCACAUUGGUCUGGUUGUUCAAUUUGAGGUACUUGAACUUGAGAGAUACCAAGAUUAGCGAGCUUCCCAAGUCAAUGGAAAGGCUGCAGAAUCUACAAACCUUGGAUGUUCGGAAUACUAAUGUGAGAAGGCUCCCAAGUGGAAUAUCAAAGCUACUAAGAUUGAGACAUCUAUACAUGUGUUGCAACAAUGGUCGGAAUUCUGAAAAACCCAAUCAUCUUAACAGCAGACAGGGUCCAGCGGGAAUAUGGAAUAUUGAAUGCCUACAAACUCUAGCAUGCAUUGAAGCAGAGGAAGAAUUGAUCGUGAAAGUUGGAAACUUGACUGAGCUCAGAAGGCUGGAGAUCACAAGGCUUAGAACUGUCGAUGGACCAAAGUUGUGCACUUCCAUUCAAAAGAUUAAGAGCCUCCUCCGUUUAAGUGUCGUGGCAAGUACCGAGGAAGAACUUCAGUUGGAAGCUUUAUCUCUGCCACCCCCGCUUCUUCAGAAGUUGGAAUUGGUUGGGAAGUUAAAUAGGUUGCCCCACUGGAUUAGGUCCUUAACAAACCUCACUCAUCUGUAUUUAAGUCUGUCUUGUCUCCAAGAUGAUAUAAUUUCCGAUCUCCGUCUACUGUCUGCUCUAGUUUUUCUUGAACUCAAGAAGGCCUACAGAGGGAAGCUCUUGCACUUUAAGGUGGGAUGGUUUCUUAAACUAAACAAACUAAGUUUUGUGGAGCUUGCACAAUUAGAUAGUCUAGUACUGGAAGAGGGAGCAUUGCCCACCAUUCGAGAGUUAAAACUAAUUUGUUGUCCAAAGCUAAAAACGUUGCCUCGGGGCAUUGAAUAUCAGACCAGCCUCAAGAAGCUGCAUUUGGAGGAAAUGCCAGAAGAAUUCAUGCGGCUGUGGAGUGAAUACGAACAAGAUCAAGCAAAGUAAGAGCAUCUGCAUCGCUCAAGUCAAGCGGGAGGGACCAGGACAAACGACGAAAGUAGGGGAACCACUCAGAACAGAAGUGUCACCAAAGAGCUAAACUGCCGCAAUCUGUCAGUGAGGGGGAUCCAAUUACUUGC